UGCAUUGUUGAUACUCUAUUAUCGAUAUUCCAUUCCUUUGCUGUUACAAUGAACUUCAUCUUUUACUACUAUACGCCUUCGGCUGCGGCCGCGGGAAUCUUCAUCGUCCUGUUCGGCAUCAGCACCCUCCUCCAUCUCUAUCAACUUGUGGGGACCAGAUCGUGGUUCAUGAUCCCCUUCUUCAUCGGAGGCAUUCUCGAAACCAUCGGAUAUAUAGGACGUCUGCUCUCGGCGGAGCAAAGCCCCAACUUCACCACAGGCCCGUAUGCCAUGCAAAGUGCCCUGCUCCUGAUCGCACCCGCCUUCCUCGCAGCCAGCAUCUACAUGACCCUCGGCCGGAUUAUCCGGAUGCUGCAUGCGGAUAAACAGUCGGUUAUCGGGCUGAGGUGGUUGACCAAGAUCUUCGUGACGGGCGAUGUGUUGUCAUUCUUGAUGCAGGCGUCCGGCGCCGGUCUCAUGGUCAGCGACACGAGCGAUGCCAGCACUGGCGAGCACGUCAUUAUCGGCGGACUUUUCGUACAGAUUAUAUUCUUUGGCUUUUUCCUCAUCACCGCCCUGAUCUUCCAGAAGCGUCUGGCCAAGAACCCGACCAGUGAGUCGGUUGAGAUGUCGCGUGUGUGGCGUCGGCACAUGGCGGCGCUUUAUGUCUCCAGUACAUUUAUCUUCGUCCGGUCGAUCUUGCGUGUGGUGGAGUACAUCCAGGGAUAUAAUGGGUAUCUGAUGAAACAUGAGGCCUUCAUCUACAUCUUCGAUGCUCUGCUCAUGUUUAUCACGAUGGAGGUGCUGCAGUUCAUCCACCCGAGUCAGAUCAACUGCAUCCUCGGUCGGGGCGAUCGGUACUCGGACCAGGUAGUCAUGACGCGCAAAUUUUCGCCCGUGCCAAUGGAGCUGGAGGUUUCCUCGGAGGUUUAAGUGAUGGUUUGCUGUCUUUAAUGUUUGAGAUUGGCGACUGUUAUGAUUUCCUGUUAUAAUUUCUGUUUGGGUUCGUGUUGGGAUAUAUGUAUCAUUGUCAUGUUUAUGCUAGC